AUGCUAAGAAAAGGAACUUCAACGAUAUACAAGACACACAAGAAAAGCAACAGCAGCAUACUCAGGAGCCAGCGAGACCAAACUAGGAUGGAUUCGUUGGUGGAAGAAUCUCCCAUGGGUGAUUUUGGGGUCCAUAACCAACCUACGCAGCCCGGCGUGAUAUACUACUUUGUCGAGUUGACUAAUUUAGGCAUACAAGAGAACUCCAGCAGCAAUAAUAACAACAACAACAACAACAACAACAACAACAACGGCGAAAAUAGCAACAAUGAGAACGAUGAGAACGGCACCCGAUACGGCCACGGUAGCAGUUCAGGCGGGAACGUCCAUUCCCGUCGUUACUCGUAA